CAUAUUUAUAUUUGGUAGAGUGGAGCAGAUUGUUGAUCGCAGUAGCAGCUUAUCCGUCGUGGACAACGGAUACCGUUCGUAAUCCGCGCUUGGAAGUCAGAUCUCUCGGAAUGAGGAUGGAUAAAUGCAAAUGAAGACUGCAGAUUCGAUAAAAAAAAACAACAAAAAAUAUAUCGUCGGCUAUAACUUGCUUUGCUACAAUUUGUAAUCGCAACUGCCGAGAUAGGAUCAUCAGUAAACAUGCGAUUCGUGUCCUUCGCAGUUGUGCUCACUGUGAUUUUUGCAGAAGCUAGAUUGGACAUAUGGAAAGACUUCUCAUUGUUCCAGAGAGCAGUGAUCGACUUUAUUUUUCCAAAGGAUCCCAAUAUAGUGAGAGUAAGAAACUCGGAACAAGCUAGAACAACCGGAAAAGUGAGCACGUUGGACUUUAUCGGUUUAGUGGAGAGACAUGGCUAUCCAGCCGAAGAGCAUUAUGUCACGACGAAGGAUGGCUACAAUUUAUUGGUGCAUAGGAUACCUGGAAGUCCUGUGUCUAAUAAUCGGCAAAUGAAGAAAGUCGUGUUUCUUCAACACGGUAUUAUAUGUACGUCAGACUGUUGGGUACUUUUCGGCCCUGGUAAAGAUCUUGCAUUUCUAUUAGCUGAUGAAGGAUAUGACGUGUGGCUUGGAAAUUUCCGGGGAAAUUCUUAUUGCAGAUCGCAUGUUACUAUGUCUCCUAGAGAUAGCGAUUUUUGGCAAUUCAGCUAUCACGAGUCAGGCGUGCAAGAUCUGCCAGCUAUGAUCGAUUACGUGCUUAAUCAUACGGGGCGAAAAACUUUACGCUACAUUGGUCACUCAAUGGGCACUUCCACACUAUUUGUCUUGUUGUCCAUGAGACCCGAAUACAACACAAAAAUAAAUUUCGCAAUUUGCCUUGCACCAAUCGCCUUUUGGAUUGAAUACCCUAUUGUUUUCGGAAAUAUUUUAGAUAACGCACUACAGAUUAAGCAAUUUUUUAAUAACAACGGAAUUUAUGAAGUAGCUUCAUUAUCAUCGCUCACUAUUACGACAGGAAGAACAUUAUGUGCUGAUAAGGCAAUCACUCAACCUAUCUGCGUUGCGAUAAUUUUCGUACUCGCAGGAUCCGAUCCACAGCAAUUGAAUACUACGGCCUUACCGAAUAUACUAUCGCAUUAUCCGUGCGGUACUUCCGUGAAAACAUUAUACCAUUAUACUCAAAAUGUUCUUACAAAAAAGUUUGAAAGCUACGAUUAUGGACCUCUCGACAAUUAUGAGAGGUACAAACAGAGAACGCCUAUAACGUAUGAUCUCAAGAAGAUCACUGCACCUUUAGCUUUAUUAUCUGGUGCAAGCGAUGUUCUUGCUACAAGAACGAAUGUGCUUAGGGUAUACAGGCAAUUGCCCAAUGUCGUCGUAUUGGAGGAAAACCCAUAUAAAUCCUUUAAUCACUUGGACUUUAUGUGGGCCAUCGAUGCUAAAACUCUAAUAUUUGAUCGCAUAAUGGAACUGUUGCAGAAAUUUGAUACUGAAUCAAACCGGUACUACCUGUUCUGAGCGUCAUUGAAAGUAGCAUUCAAAGGUCGCAAUAAGAAGCUGUUAGCAAGUGAAGCGUUCAAGAACGUGUAUUACAAAUCAAAUUGGCAAGUACUGUAAAAUAUGUGUUAAUAACUGCUAAUACCGGUUCCGAUAGACUGAUAAGCAGUAUAAGAAAUGGUACGUUCUGAGAAAAAUUUAGUGGCUAGUGGAAGAGGAAGAGUAAAUAGAAGAAGUACAGGAGCAAAAGGAAGACCAAGAAUUAUGGAAGGUAUUAUCAAUCGACUGCAUCGAAGAUAACUAUUUGUGUUUUGCUUAUAAUCGGCAACGAUUUAUAAAACUAAUCAAGAAUGUGAAACAUGAAAAAUUAUUAAAAAACGGAUAAUUUCAUUCGUGAUUCUUUUUGUUUAAUAUUCGAAAAAGGAAGAUAAUUGAACUGUUUUAAGUUUUGCUUAUUUAUAGGGUAGGGUGUAAGAGAAAACUAUUUAAAAAAUAAAAUUUAUUUUUUAUACUUUAAUUAAUAUGUUUAUUUUUAUUCAUUAUACAUAUUGAAAUAAUUGUAUGUAACAUCGCACGAUAAAUGUGGAUGUGUAACUAUGUAAAAAUGUUUUCUGUUUUCAUGUGUGGACAUGUUGAAUUAUGAUGUGAAAAGUAAGAAUAAAAACCCAGAAAUAAC